GUUUUCUUUCAGCUUCUAUAAACUAACCGGAGAAGAAAAAAUCCAAACACCAACAAGAUCAUGGCCCGCGAAUUCUCGGCGUCGGUCACUUGUGGCCUCAUGUUGUCAAAGCGCCUUUACUACGGCAAAGGUGCUUCACCGGCGCCGGCGGCAAUGUCGAAGUCGUUGUCAUCGACGACGACGAUCGAUAGUUACCUUCCGACGGCGGUGAUGGCGUACGCGGUAGUUCCCGAGCCAGCCAUGGUGGAUAACCCCGACGUCCCUAGCUACCAGCCGUACGUGCACGGUCGGUGCGACCCGCCGGCGUUGAUUCCGUUACACAUGUACGAGGUUUCCAUGGAGGUGGACUGUUGUAUGGAUACCGCCUUCGUUACUUUCAGCGGCGCGUGGCGCGUUCACUGUAUAGCCGCCGGUCGGAGAUGUGAUUGCCGAAUUGGUAUUCCGAUGGGACAGCAGGGUUCACUUCUAGGUGUUGAGGUUAAUGUCUCUGAGACUGAGAGGUCUUAUAACUCAACGUGGAUCACGUUUGCCGAUUCCGAAGAGACGGGACAAACUGUGAAAUCUGGAUAUGGAUACUUCCUGGCGCAUGAUAUAUAUACUUUCAGAAUUCCACAAGUUGAUGGAGGGUCUAAUAUAUCGGUUAAAGUCAGAUGGUCACAGAAGUUAUCCUACCAAGAUGGUCAGUAUUGCCUUAAUGUACCGUUUAGUUUUCCGGCAUAUGUCAUUCCUGCUGGGAAGAAAAUCCCGAAGAGAGAGAAGAUUCAAUUGAAUGUUAAUUUUUGUACCCGGACAGAACUUUUGAUCAAAUGUAGUAGCCACCCUUUAAAGGAGCUAAGUCGGGAUGUUCGUAAAUUAAGUUUCAUAUACGAAGCAGAAGUAUCAGCAUGGUCAACUAUCGACCUGAAAUUUGCCUAUACGGUUUCUUCGAGUGACAUUUUCGGUCAGGUUCUCUUGCAAUCUCCACCAUUGCAUGAUUUUGAUGAAAGGGAGAUGUUCUUAUUUUAUAUUUUUCCUGGAAAUGACCAGAACAGGAAGGUAUUCAGAAGAGAAGUGGUUUUCGUUGUUGACAUAAGUGAAAGUAUGCUAGGAUGCCCGAUUGAGAACGUAAAGAAUUCAUUAUCGGCAUCACUUUCUAAGCUCAAUGCACAAGAUUCUUUUAACAUUAUCACUUUCAAUAGCGAGGUUCACUUGUUCUCGUCAACAAUGGUGCCUGCUACUCAUGGAUCAAUCCUAAAGGCUACUCAUUGGCUUAGUAGUAAUUUAACCGCAGAUGGCGGUACAAAUAUCAUGCUUGCCCUUAAACAGGCAAUGAAGUUGUUGUCUGACACAAGUGAUUCGAUUCCGCUUAUUUUCCUUAUAACUGAUGGAUCUGUUGAAGAUGAGAGGGAGAUCUGCAAUGUCAUGAAAGGUUAUUUGACAAGUACAGGAUCUGUUUCUCCUCGUCUAUGUACUUUUGGCAUUGGUUUGUAUUGCAAUAAUUACUUCUUGCAAAUGCUAGCUCAAAUUGGGAGAGGCCAUUACGAUUACGCUUAUGAUGUGGACAAUAUUGAAUCACAAAUGGAGAGAUUAUUUACUACAGCUUCUUCAGUUGUUCUAGCCAAUAUAACCUUGGACAUGCCUCAACAUCUUGGUUCUGUUGAGUUGUUUCCAUCACAUAUUCCGGACCUCUCUCUUGGAAGUCCUUUAUUUGUAUCGGGCAGAUACAAAGGAGAAUUUCCAGAUGUUAUUAAAGUUAAUGGAAUGUUGGAAGACAUGAGCACAUUUCAAACCGACUUGAAAGUGCAACAUGCAAAGGACGUGCCUUUUGAUAGAAUACUCACAAGGAGGCAAAUCGAUAUCAUUACGUGUCAUGCUUGGUUGUCCGAGAAUAAAGAGCUUGAAGAGAAGGUUGCCAAAAUAAGUCUACACACAAGUUUUCCAUCCGAGUAUACCCGCCUGGUUUUACUUCAGACUGAUAGUGGGAACAAAGUACCAGAAUCGAAUGUAGUAAGUGAGAUAUUUAACAAAAUAAAGCUGCCAAGCAAGGGAGAUCCGAAUGGUCAGAAGAUAAUUUUACUGGGAUGCCUGGGUGUUGGCUUUGGUAACUUGACUGCCACGGCUAAGAAUACCCCUUCGGGUAUCGAGGAACCCAAGUCACCAGAAGGAGCAGAUAUUUUGGUUAAUGCUGCUUCCAAUUUCUGCAGCAUGCUGCUUGAUCGAUGCUGUUGCAUGUGCUUCAUCCAAGCUUGUUCGUGUAUGAAUAACCAAUGCGCGAUCGUUUUGUCACAAAUCUGCACCGCUCUCGCUUGCUUCGAGUGUGUCAAUUGUUGUUAUGAACUUUGUGAUGGUUUCUAGUGAGCUGACGAAAGGUUGUUGAAAUUCUUGAAGAUGAAAAGAUACGUACAUGAAUAUUACUAUCGUAGUUAUUGUAUGUAUACGCUAUUGAAAAUGAUAAUGCUAAGAGUAACAUGCCUAUUAUUAUGUUACAAAGUUACUAAUGCAAU